GGGAUCUAUGCUGUGCUGAGGCUGAGCUGAAUGAGAUUGAAGAAGAGUUCUUCUUGUUUUGUAGCUUCAGUUUCUCUGUUUUUACACAAAUUUUACUAAAACUCAUUAUAAAAUACAGCAACAAAAUAAAGCUCUGCGGGAAGGAGUCAACCGGACUGUUUAUAUGCUGUUAUUCCAUCGUGGAUCGGCUUCUUAUAGAUAUAUAUUUAAUUAAUCUAGAGGAGGACUGCUGCUGAGGCAGCACAGAGGGGUGGAGUCCAGUCCCACAUCCAGGUGCGGCACUUUAAUGCUUCAGUUGGAUGGUUUUCCUACUGGAGACAGUGUUAAGGCUGAUCGAUCGGCUGGCAGACUGACUGGAUCCAUGAUGGAAUUACAGACAUUACAGGAGGCUUUGAAGGUGGAGAUCCAGAUCCAUCAGAAACUGGUUGCCCAGAUGAAGCAGGACCCUCAGAACGCAGAUCUGAAGAAGCAGCUCCACGAACUACAAGCAAAGAUCACAGCACUGAGUGAGAAGCAGAAAAAAGUGGUGGAGCAGCUGAGGAAGGAGCUGUUGGUGAAGCAGGAGCCAGAGGCCAAACUGCAGCUGCAGGUCCAAACUCCUCCAGCAGGAGGAGACAUCAAGCCUGCCAACCUGCUGCAAAGUCAGCAGAUACCUGGGGGUCUGCAGCAGACCCUGACAGUCACGCCGGUCCUCACCACGAAGACUCUACCUCUGGUGCUGAAAGCCGCCACGCCCACCCUGCCCACCUCUGUCCUGCCUCCACGCCCACCCACUGUCACUAUGGUAACCACAGCUAUUACCAAACCCGACUCGCAGAACACCCCCAUCAACCUGCAGGUGGCCAGCAAGCUGACCAAUCAGAGCUCGGAGCCUGUGCGGCUUGUGUCCAAGAACGCCAUGGUGGUGCAGGCCACCACCACCGCCCAGCCAAUCAAAGUUCCUCAGUUUGUCCCUCCUCCUAGACUGACGCCUCGACCCACCUUUCAGCCACAGGUGCGUCCUUGUAAGACCCGCAUCCCAACCCUAACCCCUCAGAUCAGUGUGUGUGACCCACCUGAGCACUCUUGUGUCAUUUGGCAACUUUCUCUGCCCCCCCCCCCGCCCAUGAUGGCAGCCCCCCAGCUGCUGCAGAGGCCCGUCAUGUUAGCCACCAAGCUGUCGUCCGCGCUGCCCUCGGCGGCCCCCAUCCACCAGGUCCGCAUCGUAAAUGGACAGCCCUGCAGCAAGACUGGCUCCGCUCCACUGACGGGCAUCGUUAUCACCACACCAGUCUCCACUGCACCCACCCGCCUCACCAGCCCCGCCCAGGCACCUAACCCCACCCCCAUCCCCACACCGACUCCUGCCCAGCCGAUACAGAUCAGCAGCGUGACCACUGAGCCCAAGCAGACUGUUAAACCGGGAGGUGGAGCCGAGCAGGCCGUUGUCAGCCUCCCCUCCUCCUCCACUCCUCCGUUGUCUCCUCCUCCCAGACCCAAGAAAGAGGAAAACCCAGAGAAACUGGCCUUCAUGGUGUCUUUGGGCCUGGUAACACACGACCACUUGGAAGAAAUCCAGAGCAAAAGACAGGAGCGGAAGAGGAGAACGACGGCCAACCCAGUGUACAGUGGAGCCGUGUUUGAACCCGAGAGGAAAAAGAGUGCAGUGAGUUACCUGAACAGCCCUCUGCACCAGGGGACCAGGAAGAGAGGUCGCCCACCCAAAUACAGCAGUGUCCCGGAGCUGGGCAGCCUCACCCCGACCUCCCCCUCCAGCCCCGUCCAUCCCCUCCCCCUGCCCAGCCCCAGCUCUGGGGAUGGAGACAUCCAUGAGGAUUUCUGCACUGUGUGCAGACGCAGUGGCCAGUUGCUCAUGUGCGACACGUGUUCUCGUGUUUAUCACCUGGACUGCCUGGAUCCACCCCUGAAAACCAUUCCUAAAGGCAUGUGGAUCUGUCCAAAAUGUCAAGAUCAGAUCCUGAAGAAAGAAGAAGCCAUUCCCUGGCCUGGUACCCUGGCUAUCGUUCAUUCCUAUAUCGCUUACAAAGAAGCUAAAGAAGAGGAGAAACAGAAGCUGAUGAAGUGGAGUUCUGAACUGAAACUGGAGCGGGAGCAGCUGGAACAGAGAGUCAAACAGCUCAGCAGCUCCAUAACGAAAUGCAUGGAGACCAAAAACACCAUCCUGGCUCGUCAGAAAGAGAUGCAGCUUUCCCUGGACAAAGUCAAGCACCUGAUUCGCCUCAUCCAAGCCUUCAAUUUCAACCAAGCUCUGGCAGAGACGGAGGGUAAAGAUGCCAGUGCCAGAGUUAAGGACAGUGCUGAAGGUGUGCUUGGCUCUGAAGCUGCACCAGAAGCCAACUCUGUCGAGAGCAUGACGGCUGCGAGUGCCUCAGUCAGCAGCAACGCUGAUGGAGACGACGAACAGGAGGAGCACAGAGCCACAGGGAACAACCAGGCAGUAGCAGCAGCGAAAGGAGAAGAUGCUGACACCCAGCCUCUCCUGGAAGACAGCACGGCCCUAACAGCUGAUAACAGUCCCAGUGUCGGGGCAGGGGGUAAGGCCGGGAUUGGUGUUGGGGUAGGGGGAGGGGGGAACAGAGGGACUGGUCUCCAGGCCGAGGUUGUGGCCAAGCCUGAGACUGAGGCAGUUCUGGUGGCUGACAUUCCAGCUUCCUCAGCGGUUGCAACUGUUGCCACCACCAACGGUACAGCUGAGCCAGCCUGUCCUGACCCCACCCCCUCAGGGGGCUGCGCCACCAAUGCCACCACCAAAUCUGAGAACAAGAUGGCUGCCGUCAACCCUCCAGAGACAGCGGUGGAGAAGAAACAGGAGGAGAUCACUGACAGUGACGGCAGCAACACCAACAACAGCAAAACCUCAGAACCCUCCCAGCAUUCUUUGCCAGCUCUUGUCAGCAGUUUGGACAAUAAAAAGUAAUGCUAUGUCUCCUGAGUUGCGGGAAUUCAAACAUAUAUAUUAAAAAAACUUUUGCUUGCACCAUAUGGUGCCCUGAAGUUGCCAAUCUGUAUAAAUGUUGUUUGUUUGCAUUGUAUUGUCAGACUGUGUCAAUGGUAGAUAUACAGCCCAAGUCACAUGGCUCUGGGAAGGCGUAGGCUGUUCUGCCCACUGAGCUGGGGUACAGGAAGGCCGAUGCACCAGAGUCAUCAUGCCAAUUAGUGAUAGACGUCAGUGGUGGGAACACUCAAAGGGAGAUUUAAUUCAUCAUCACACCAGUGUGUGCCUGUUAUAGUGGCCCCUGUGUUCUCUUGUGGGGUGGGGAGAUGGGUUCACAUGGGUACGAAGAUAACUGAGAACAUGGAACCAAACAUCUGUCAGGGGUUAAUGAUCUAAAAAGCAGUGUUGUGAUAGAGUACGCGUACUGAAAAGAGCCUGUUUAUCCCCUCGUCCCAGUCAACUUCAUGUGUACCUCGUCCCAACUUCUGCAAUCCUACGACCUUGAUCUCCAAAACCUUCUUUUUUAAUAGCCCUAUCAACCACACGCCUGUGUCUCCAGGUCUUAACCAAGAACGUACAUCAUCUUCAGUCAACAAAAAAAACCCACAACUGUUCCUACUGGCCAGUAGCUGUACCUUUCCCUUAAUGACUCAAACGUAGCUUCCCCAGUCUGCCAACAAUCCCUCUCUAAUUCACAAGGGCUCACUAUGCUUCAAAUGAAGUAGUUUCUACCCAGUGUCGUCUGAAUGCUCACACUGAAGGCAGAGUGAGACACUUCAGGGGAACGAGAUGCAAUAUUUGAGGAUGCUGGUGCACACUUUUGACCAGUCUCUUCUCAAAAGACUGUCAUGGUGCUGCACUCUCUGGUCCACAUUCUCACCAUCUGGUGUAAUUGUGGUUUAGGAAAGUUACUUAACUUGUCCCCCUGAAUUUUAGUGUCAGAAAGGUGAUCCUGAAGCCUUCAAACCAGCGCCCCCAACUUCCCCGUCUGUCUUGUCUUCAGUCAACAAAAACCUUAACCCUGUAAAGCCUGACACAUCAAAAAAUAGCCAGAACAUUCAAAUUUUUGGAACUGAGAUG